AUGCCCAAGCGGGGUUGUCCCUUCGGGGACGCGGCACCGCUGCAGCUCAAGGUCCGCGUGGGCCCGAAGGAGCUGAGCCGCGGCGUGUGCGGCGAGCGCUACUCCCGCGAGGUCUUCGAGAGGACAAGGCAACUCCUGUUCCGAGGUGCCCAGGCCUCCAUGAACCACAUAUGGGAUGAAGGUGCGUCAGACAGCUGCACCCUCAUCCACCAGCCUGAGUCCCCAAAGCCCAGCCCCAUGGGUGUCCCCGGGACUGUCCGAGGACAAAUGCUGAUUGGACCAGGUGGCCGCUUGCUGAGGAGCCACACUCAGGCCUCUGGGGUCGACCUGUUGGAGGCAGCGUCCAGGGCCUGUUCCUCGUGUGUCCGCAGCGUGGACGGGAAGGCAGUCUGCAGCCAGUGUGAACGUCCCCUGUGUGGGCAGUGUCUGCGUACCUGCUGGGGCUGCGGCGCCGUGGCCUGCGCCCUGUGCUCCACCAUUGACUACAGCGACGUUCACGAGAAGGCAUUGUGCACCAACUGCGCCAUGUUUGAAACCUGA